CUUAUGAUCUGUCCGGUUUUCAUUCACUGAGGCUGAAAGAGAGAAAUGGCAAACCCGUUAUGUUGUGGAAGCUGCUGGACUAAAUUAGUCAAAUUCAACAAGCCCUUGCUGUCUUCUUCUUGUAGAACUUUCACGAGACUCGGACAUUUGUCCCUCCCAAGAGAAUCAGAGUGGAGCUUCAACUUCAAUUCAUUUGAGCUCUUUUCUCUUUACCAAUUUCACUCCUAUUUCCUGGUCACUCUGUUCUAGGAAUUAGGAAAUCAUGGCGGAUAUGGAUAGUUUACCUUAUCCGUCUGUGAGACAAAAACUGUUUGGUCAAGUUCAUCUUUCAGCUGAAAUGUUCCAAUGCAUGGACUCUAGAAAAGCCAAAGCAUACAAAUCCACGGGUGGACCUGAUUAUGGAAAUGCCAAUGUUGGCCUGCAGAGUCUUUUCAAUCUUGGUUCCCAUGUUCGUAGGGUUGGAAUUGCUUCACAGAUGCCCCCCCCUGUUCUAAUUCCAGAUACAAAUGAACAAGGAUCUUCUAGUUUCAUUGUGGAUUUCCUCAUGGGUGGGGUUUCUGCUGCUGUCUCAAAAACUGCUGCAGCUCCUAUUGAGAGAGUCAAGCUUUUAAUUCAGAACCAGGAUGAGAUGAUCAGAGCCGGCCGGCUAUCUCAACCAUAUAAGGGAAUUACUGAGUGCUUCACACGCACAAUUAAAGACGAAGGUGUCAUUUCACUCUGGAGAGGCAACACCGCCAAUGUGAUCAGAUACUUUCCCACCCAGGCCCUGAACUUUGCCUUCAAAGAUUACUUUAGGAGGCUUUUCAACGUUAAGAAGGACGAUAAUAAUUACUGGGUUUGGUUUGCUAGUAACUUGGCAUCUGGGGGGUUGGCUGGUGCCUCAUCUCUUCUAUUUGUCUACCAUAUCGAUUAUGCCAGAACUCGGUUGGCAAAUGAUGCUAAGGCAACUAAAAAGGGUGGCGAGCGCCAAUUUAAUGGGUUGAUUGACGUCUAUAAGAAAACAUUCAAAAGUGAUGGUCUUACAGGGCUUUAUCGCGGAUUCAGUGUUUCAUGUGUUGGGAUCAUUGUUUACCGUGGACUUUACUUUGGGCUCUAUGAUUCUCUUAAACCUGUCAUCCUCGUCGGUGAUGUGCAGGAUAGUUUCUUUGCCAGUUUCCUUCUGGGAUGGGGUAUCACCAUUGGUGCUGGAUUGGCUUCUUAUCCGAUUGAUACCGUGCGUAGAAGAAUGAUGAUGACCUCUGGGGAGGCUGUCAAGUACAAAGGCUCAUUGGACGCGUUCUCUCAGAUCAUAAAGAAUGAAGGCGCGAAAUCUCUCUUUAAAGGUGCUGGAGCCAACAUUCUUCGUGCCGUUGCCGGUGCUGGUGUGUUAGCUGGUUAUGACAAACUGCAGUUGAUUAUGUUUGGAAAGAAGUAUGGAUCUGGAGGCGGUGGUUAAAUUCAAGUUUCACUGUGAUGAUGAGGGCGAAAAGCUUCAGAAGCCUUGCUGUGUUUUCAUAAGAAAUCUUAGUCUUUAUGUUCAUAUAUAAAUAAUUUCGGGAACAUUGUUGAGCUUGUUUGUGGCAGUUCCCAGUUCUGAGAGAUGAUUGUAAUUGCGGUAUAUAAUAUAUUGUAGCUGUGCUUUAAACUUUAAAGUUUCCUGAAUAAAGAUUUCAGUCUUCUCGUUACAAAUGUGGACAGUUUUCCCCUUCUCUGAUGUGGGAGAUUGCAAUUUUGGUAGGAGCUACUAUAUCAAAGAUUCUCUGCCCUUAAUGUUUGAACAUUUCCACAAAUUGGAAAGCUGGAUGGGUUGAUUGACGUUUAUAAGAAAACCUUGAAAAGUGAUGGUCUUGCAGGUCUUUAUCGCGGAUUCAGUGUCUCAUGUGUUGGGAUGAUUGUGUACCAUGGCCUGUACUUUGGGCUCUACGACUUUCUUAAACCUAUCUUCCUUGUUGAUGAUGCACAGG